AAUAUUAAUUUAAUGGUCCUAAUUCCUCUGGCUGGGACACAAUAAAAAAAAUAGACAUAUAUUUUGGCGCUUUAAUCAAAAUCCAUCAUUGUUAAAAUCUAAAUAAAAUUUUCAAGCGUGUUCACAGACUUGUCACCGACAUUUACCAUAAUAAUAAUCUGAAUUAUUUAUAGAGAUUCAUAUUGGAACAUGAAAGCUGCAGUGCUUCUUGCUAUUUUUAUUUAUAUUUUUCAAAAAUCCUCUGGUUUGCUACCUCCAAAGUUUCAAUGGAAAUCGUUAGAUUUUGCUUUUGAAGCUCAAUCUCGGGAGUCAGCCAUUGCUUCAGGGCUGUAUAUACCAGAAAAUAAUAUGCCAACAGGGAUAGCCAGGUGGAAAGAGAAAAUAUUUAUUACAAUACCAAGGUGGAAAAAAGGGGUCCCAUCUUCUCUAAAUUAUAUUCACUUGAAUGGUAGUCAACAGCAGCCUCUUAUUCCGUACCCGAGUUGGACAGACGCCAUGUUAUCAGGCAAGGAUUGCUGCGUCAGAUCCAACAGCACUGUGGUAUCCACGUUUAGGGUGCAUGUGGACAAAUGUGACAGACUGUGGGUUGUGGACAAUGGAGUCGCCGAUAUGGCAAACGAGGUGAAGCAAAUAUCAGAUCCGGCCGUAAUUAUUUUUGAUUUGAACACUGACAAGUUAAUACGACGGCAUACGUUAAGUGACGACGUAUUAAGGGAUUCCUCCAUAUUAACCAGUAUUGUAGUUGAUAUUGAGAAGAACUGCAGCGAGGCUUUCGCCUAUAUACCUGAUAUGGGUUCCAAUGCUAUAAUAGUGUACAGCUUGGGAACUGAUGAUGCGUGGAGAGUUGAAAACCAUUACUUCCACUUCGACCCUCACGCUGGUACUUAUAAAGUUGGUGGAGUGGACUUCUAUUGGAGUGAUGGUGUAUCUUCUGUUGCUUUGUCGCAGCCGAGAAAGGACAGCUACUAUGGUUACAGUUUCCGUGACCUCUUCUUGCAUCCGACUUCAAGCACGAAACAGUUCAAAAUGUCAACGAAACUGCUGAAAGACAAGAAUGUUUCCGAAGAAGAUAUAUUUAAUGGAGUUGUUGUCGUCGGUGACAGGGGUCCAAAUUCUCAAGCGACUGCGUGCGACUAUGAUCCCGUCAGCAAUAUAUUGUUUUAUACACAGUUGUGUAAAAACGGAGUAGGAUGUUGGAACACUGACAAGCCGUUCAGCGCUGAAAAUAAUCCGCUAAUUAUAAGCGAUUGCAACCUUUUGGAGUUUCCAAAUGAUAUCAAGGUGGACCAAGAAGGUAACAUUUGGAUACUAAGCGACAGACAAUCCCGUUUUCUUUACGACUCAAUGGAUUUCAACCAAACGAACUUCAGGAUCCUCACCGCACCCGUAUCUACCGUUGUACAGGGAACGGCUUGUGAGAAAACCACAGCUUUCGGUAAAGCUAUGAGCUUCGUGAAACGUGGUACGACAAGAAGUAGACAAUCAUUGUCAAAAGAUUUAUAAGGACAUGAUUGUAGUAACAUACAACAUAGUUCAUUUCGCUUGUUACAAUUACUUAACCUAUGUUAAUAAAAAAAAUGCGAGACACCAAUUAGAAUUACCUGUCCCACCCAGUGUCUUAGAAUGGAAGAGUCUAUUUUAUAGCGAAUUAGGCCUGUUGGAAUAUAUAAGGACUUCAUUUUAUUACAAGAAAAAUUAUUGUCUAAACAUUUCUAAAGCCUUCAUUUUAUUACCAGAAUCAUUGUCCAAAAAUCUAUAAGGCCUUUCUUUUUUGAUAGACCUUAUAUUUAAAUGGCUAAACAUUGAUAAUAUAGGCAAUAUUAGUUUUGGAGUCCUGAAUCGCUUCCUGUUUUGCAAAAUCAGGGCCAAUUUCGUAGUGUGCUUUUUCACGGCUUUAGAUACUAGUUCUGGCUAAUAAAUAAAAUUAAACAAGUGUAAUAAUUUAAAUUUUUAUUUAAAUAUACAACAUUAUAGUUAUAACUAUAUUUAAUUAAAUAAGUCUAUGUGAUUUAAAUAAUAUUUGCACGUGUCGCCACCGCCGAUACUAUCGUUUUCGAUUUCGUUCACAUUAACUCAGUCUUGUCACUAAAUACUUCUCGUGAAUCGAACUCUACUGCAACAUGUGUCUAGAUAAUAAAUGGGAAUGCUUUGUAAUAACAUAACAUUAUAAUACAAAUAUAUAGUAUAAAAAAUACUUUAAUAAUUCGUAUAAAAGUAAUAGUUUCCUGUAUUUCAUUUGUAUUUAUCAAUUCUUUUAUAAUAACGUCUUUAUAACUACGAAAGCGAUAAUUUUAUUUGAUAAAUCAUUACAAUAAAAGA